UUGUUUUUUUUUAUAGUAUAAAAAUAAAAAUAUCGGCAUUCUUAUAGGAUCGAUCUCUCAUGCAAAACAACAAAUUCAGACAAGAAACCUCAACGGCUCAGACCCACCAAUACCAAUUUUUUAAAGAGAUUUCUGUCACAAGUAAGAAAGAAGCACUAAUUACAAAAAAAAAGAAAAAGAAUCAAUCUUUUGUUCUUCGAUUCGAUUUCUAAUCAAUUAGAUUGUUUUUGUUUUGUUUAACAUCAGUUGCGAAUCGAGCUGGAUUCUUGGGCUCGCUUUUUCUUUCAAUCAAAAGUUUCGAUAUUAGUGAAGGAUAAAAUUCGCUAAAAAAAGAGAAUUUUUUUUGUUAAAAAAAUUAUAAAAGCUGGCUUUCUCAAAAUUUCUCCAUGUGGUCGACGAAGAAGACGAAGAAGACGAAGAAGAAAGAGAAAGUCUCUUAGCAAACAUGACCGCCACCGAAGCUAAGAAUCGCAAAAUCAAUGUCGGAGAUGGAGAUGACGUUGUUGAUAUCGAAAUCCCUGACACUGCUCAUCAAAUUAGCAGCGAUUCAUGGUUUCAGGUGGCGUUCGUUUUGACCACCGGUAUAAACAGCGCGUAUGUGUUGGGAUAUUCAGGAACAAUUAUGGUUCCUUUAGGUUGGAUUGGUGGUGUGGUUGGUCUUCUUAUUGCUACUGCAAUCUCUCUUUAUGCAAACACUCUAAUAGCUAAGCUUCAUGAGUUUGGUGGCAGAAGACACAUUCGCUAUAGAGACCUUGCUGGAUUCAUUUACGGUAGGAAGGCUUAUCAUCUUACAUGGGGAUUGCAAUAUGUUAAUCUUUUCAUGAUUAAUUGUGGAUUCAUUAUCCUAGCUGGUUCCGCCUUAAAGGCUGUUUAUGUGCUUUUCAGGGAUGAUCAUACCAUGAAACUACCUCAUUUUAUAGCCAUUGCUGGUUUGAUUUGUGCGAUUUUCGCUAUUGGGAUUCCUCAUUUAUCGGCUCUUGGGGUCUGGCUUGGAGUUUCGACCUUCCUCAGUCUCAUCUAUAUUGUUGUGGCAAUCGUGCUAUCGGUUAGAGAUGGAGUAAAAACACCUUCAAGAGAUUACGAGAUACAAGGAUCAUCAUUGAGCAAACUUUUUACCAUCACAGGAGCAGCCGCAAAUCUGGUUUUCGCAUUCAACACCGGGAUGCUUCCAGAAAUUCAGGCAACAGUGAGGCAACCAGUUGUUAAAAACAUGAUGAAGGCUCUAUACUUUCAAUUCACAGCGGGUGUUUUACCGAUGUACGCAGUUACAUUCAUCGGAUAUUGGGCUUAUGGAUCCUCAACCUCGACCUAUCUACUAAACAGUGUUAAUGGCCCACUCUGGGUCAAAGCCCUUGCUAACGUCUCUGCUAUCCUUCAAUCUGUUAUCUCUUUGCACAUAUUUGCGAGUCCAACAUAUGAGUACAUGGACACAAAGUAUGGGAUCAAAGGAAACCCAUUUGCGAUAAAGAACCUGCUGUUUAGGAUCAUGGCGAGAGGCGGGUACAUAGCGGUAAGCACGCUUAUCUCAGCGCUGUUGCCGUUCCUCGGUGACUUCAUGAGCCUAACUGGUGCAGUGAGCACAUUCCCUCUCACAUUCAUUCUAGCCAACCACAUGUACUAUAAGGCAAAGAACAAUAAGCUGAAUGCUAUGCAAAAGCUAUGGCAUUGGCUUAACGUUGUCUUCUUUAGUUUGAUGUCUGUUGCUGCAGCCAUUGCAGCUGUCAGACUCAUCGCCGUUGAUUCCAAAAAUUUCCAUGUUUUUGCAGAUUUGUAAUUCAUUAUAUUAUAUAGUCAAUUGUGUAUCCUUUAUUCUUAGGCAGGUUUAUUUCUCCUGUAAGCUUGUAUUCUCUCUCUAUUUGUCUUACCAUUAGAGCCUAAAUAAAUAAAUCAAGUUCUAAAAUCUAAAAAGCAUAUAAAAGACCACUUUCAUCAUAAUCAUUCUGAAAAUUUACCAACAAAGAAUACUAAGUUGCAUGAUUAAAGU